UAUCAAUCUAUGUUAUCGCAGUGAGUCAGUUGCGAAGAAUACCACAGCUCAAUGGCGGUUGUACUGGACGGCUAGCUGGCUACUUAUCGUAGCCAACAGAACCAUAAAUGCCAGCAAAAUUGUAAAGGGAGUUUUCAAGCUGUGGCUAUCCCACAAGCCAAACCCAAUGUCUUCUCAUCUGUGGUAGACAGUAGUGAGUAUAGUGAGUACAGAGUUGUGAAGUGCAAAGGGGUGAGUCUCGUGCUCAACACAACAAUGACGGUACACGAUUGCUAUCACGUUGAUGUCUUUAAGGCUCAACUAACACGAUCACUGACAGUAAAUGCUCGUGCUAUUCGUUUGCAGGUUGUACAAGCCACACUUUGGACGGCAAUUACCAUGCAAAGAAUGUCUUGGUAAUCUUUAUCGUUUGCUUCGUCAUGAAAGUCUACUUUGGUGUUCGUACGUUCAAUAGAAUUACAACUGUUAGAAUGGCAUACAUAAUUGCAUACCGCCCCUAGGCACAAUUGAUCCGUCACAUCGUACAAAAUCAAAGAACAAUAUCCGGGAUAUUACUCAUCGUCCUUGUACCAACGCUGAUUCGGAGAGAAGCAAGUUGAAUGGCCUCUGCUACUUCAUUAUGCCUAAUGCUGCUCAUUACCGCUACAGUUGUAUGCACCACCUUGAAACCUAACGAAGACGGUGGACGUAACAACUCAGGGGAGAACAACUACGACCUCUAUGAAGCUCAACAAAAGGAUGAGCAGCAGCCUUGUGUCUCAGCCGACGCAAAGGUGACAAGAGACGUGUCCGAUGUCAUCGCAAAUGUUUGGAGAGGAAGUGAUGUUGGUCGCAGAUUGGUCACUCUGAUGGUUUAUGGCUACUUUGUGUUUGAGAUUCAACAACUGGACCCACAUAACUUUGACCUAUAUCUAUUGCUGAUUGUGGCUCUCCAUGCCAUUAGCAGUUAGUUCCACACCGUAACUGCCAAAGAGCAUUGACAUUAAGUGAUGCCUUAGAUGACAGCCGGCAUAUCGCCAUACAACAAGACGUGUUUGUUUGUGAUUAGUAGUAGAUGAUAGAAACGGAUAUGUAGAGUAAUAAAGAUCUGUGGUAUAUGUUAACAAA